AUGAAACCUUUAUGGGUAGUAUUAUUAAGUGUAAUAGGAGUUUUAAGUAUUGAACAUGAUCUAAAAGGUUUUGACGACAGUAUAUUAUUUCGUAUAAAUUUCGAUUAUCCCUCGGGGGAGAAUAAUAUAGUGAUUGAUGAAGAAAAAUUUAAAAAUAAAGAUGUUGUUAAAGUUGUGACAUCACACAAGGAGAGAUAUGAUUGUUAUUUACCGGAACUACAGGAGAAAGAAUCCACUGGAAUACAGGAUUAUGACGGCCCAUCACCCAUAAACCUUAUGAAACCUUUGUUCAGCCAAAAAAUUUGUUCAUACCGGCUUGAAAGUUAUUGGAGCUACGAAGUGUGCCAUGGACGGUAUAUUAGACAAUAUCAUGAAGAGAGAGAAGGGAAGCAGAUCAAGACACAAGAAUAUUUCCUCGGUCACUGGAGUGCAGAGAAACAAACAAAACUUGAAGAGGAAUUAAAAGCUGCUCAGGAAAGCAAAUCAAGUCUUAAAACUACUAAGGUCGAGGGAUUGAACCUGCCUUAUAUAGAACUAAAGAUGGAUGAUGGCACUGUAUGUGAUCUCAGCGGCAAGCCUCGUCUUACAAGGGUGUUAUAUGUUUGCUUCAGUCACGGCAAGCAUGAGGUGUAUUCAUUCAAAGAGAUAGCCACAUGUGAAUACGAAAUGAUAAUAUUAUCACCGUUACUGUGUGAACACCCUCUAUACAAGCCAAAGGAUGUUGGAAAAAAUGAUAUUGAUUGCAUUCCAAGGGACGGUGCCCCUAUAAGGCCCAGAAAUAUGUUGAAAAAUGAGAUUGAGAGAGUGAAAUUCCAACAUCAGACACUGAAAUUACUUAGUGAGGAUAAAGAAGCUAGGGAUGUAGUUGCUGUGUUGAAAGUUGAAAAGAUUGAUAAGGAUGGUGAAACUCACCUGAAAUUCGAGCUUCAUCCUUUGGAAGAUCCGAUUACUGAAAAAGUUCCUCUCAUUGAAGCGCCAAAGACCGUUAGAGAUGAAGCAGCAAUAAAAGCUUUCUUGAACGGAGAGACGUGUUUGAAUGGAGGUACAGGUUGGUGGAAAUACGAGUUCUGUUACGGCCGUCACGUGAUACAGUAUCACGAACAUCGAGGAGGCGAACCUGAGAAACUUUCAUUGGGGACCUUUGAUGAGGCAACACACUUGCAAUGGAUCAAGGAAAACAGGAAUAAGGCACCAAAACCUAUUGACGAACGCACAUCCGUUUCCCAUUUCUACUCCGGUGGCGACAUCUGUCAGAAGAGUGGCAAACGGAGGCAGACUGAAGUAAAGCUGAAAUGUCUCCAGAAUUCAUCGAGUCCGGCCCAAGUGUCGCUCUAUUUGCUCGAACCUAGGACCUGCCAGUAUAUAUUAGGCGUGGAGUCACCAUUGAUAUGCGAUAUACUACCGAUGGCUGAUGAAAAUGGUUUGAUCAAAUACACACAGCCAGCUAUUGAAACCCCCAGUAAGGUGGUCAUUAAAGAAGAGGAAGAUGACGUCAUCAAACUAAAGGAACUAAACAAAUUCGGUCUAGAUUGA